AUGGUCAGAGACUGGACCACGCUACACCAUACCUAUGAUGGUUUGGUAGUCCAACCGAGUGCUACGAAGCCUGACGGCAUCGUUGACAAGGCACAAUGUAUUGCAGAUCUUCGUGCUCACCUCGACAAUCUAUAUCCAAGUACCAGAAAAAUUGCAAGCGCUGUGCCUGGAUCCAGACUCCCUGACCACAUCUUUCAUGAUUAUAUUGUUAACGUCGUCUGUGACCAAUAUACCCUGAAUGUUCGAGCAUAUUCCGUACUAUUCUUCUUGGGACCACCGCCCGACGAUCUUGCAGCGUAUGCCAGUCAUUAG